AUGGCCGCGUCGUGCAGGGUUUACAUAUUCCUUAGCGCCUUCGUGCUGGCAGGUGCAAUGUUCAAGAAAGGCUCGAAGCAGCUUGCUGUCCCAGAGAAGACCCACGCCACAGCCUCUGCUCUGAAGCAGAAGCAUCCAGAACCGAAUUUCGUGGAGCUGGGCAGCGGAAGCGCAGGCAGCGCGGGCAAGGUGAUGAGCGAUGUCGUGACGCCGGCAACGCCAGAGCUGCUAGCUGCCGAGCCGCUCAAGUGGAUGCACACGCCCAAGUGCGGAACUUCAUUUCUCAAUGCGUUGAUCCAUCUCCCAGGCGUGUGCCCAGGAGUUGAUCACUCUUUCAACAUCGACACGGAGCGUUAUGGACCGCACUUCGAGAUAGGCUUCCAGUUCAUGGACUGCCCGAAUCGGUGCGAUCCGAAGAAAUUUGUCUGUCAGCCACACGGAGACACGACCCACAUGGGCAUCGGCGACAAGUACGAGACUGAAUUCAAAGGUCACCUCGUCGCCAAUUUCCGGGAGCCAAUUCAGCGCAUUCUCUCGGCAUUCUACGAUACUGAGUUUUCCCACGGUGUGAAAGACGGGGACAGCCCGGCAUCGUAUGCAAAGAAAGUGGAGCACUUCAUGACUUGUCAGAUCAUGAAUGGUGGAGUAAUGGAUCCACUACCACCCUUUUGCCUGGAGCUUACAGAGACGGACGCUAACCUUGCAGUGGCCAGACUUCGAGAGGGCUUCGCAUUUGUUGGGAUUAUGGAGGAGUGGGACCUUUCCAUGUGCCUGUUCCAUCGGAUGUUUGGGGGCGAUUGCCUGGCCGCGGACUUCUUGGAUAACCGGCCGACCUACGGAGAAGACUCCAGCCUCCACUUGUAUGACACCUCAGUGCUCGGUGGCUUCGAAGAUCCGGUGGACCGCAUCUUAUACAACGGAGCCAAGGACAUCUUUGCCGAGAGGCUUCUGGCCUACAACGUGUCACAAGAGUCGUGUCAACCAUGCUUUGAGCAGGCCAGGAGCGGUGCGGCGGUUUAG